AUGUUACUCAAUUGCAUACGACUUUUUGUUUGUGUAUUUUGUGUGAGUUAUUACACAAAGUGUUGUGUCGGUCAGUUUAUUAAUUUUAGUAAUUAUGACACGACUACAAGCCCGCCCUUGCCAUUCCCAGCUUGCCAAGCCGACGACCUCGAAUGUCUCCGACGGGGACUACGGACGUUCUUCUUCCUCAUGGAAUCUGGACACAUGGGGAUGCAGUCUGUGGAUCCUAUGUUACUAAACAGCCUAACGGUCGCUCUGCCUGAAGAGCAACUGUCAUUUUUAAUGAGGCGCAUCAACGUCACCGGAGCGAAAUGGACUAAACUAGCUGAACGGAAGUUCAACUUACCAGGCGGUAAGAACGGAGUCCGCUUUAUAAGCAACCUGCACGUCACUGGAGAAAUUACUAUGAUGACGGCAGCAAGAAUAGAUCCUUUCUUCGCGCGAAUUACAAUGGAUAUACAGGACGUGGAAAGUAACAUUACUUAUUCUUGGGCCGGACAGCGAGGCUUCGACAACGAAGAUUACAUCUUUAUAGGACCCGAGAGGGUAGCUGUUAGGAACUCACGAACGCCAUUUUUCUUUGUGCAGUCAAAUAACCAAGAAGAUACCACUAGAAUGGAGCAAGUUCUGAAAGCAAGGCCUACGUUCCUCGAGCACUUAUCCAACGAAAUAACUAUAGCUUUAAUGCAUUCCGUGGUAGAUAAUUUUAGACUGUUCGCUAGUAAGGUACCAGCUAAAAACUAUUAUGUUUAUGCUGAAAAUAAUAAUAAUAUUAGUAAUUAA